AUGAAGUCUCUUCAACUGAAUCCUCAACCUCAAGCAGUGACUGUGAUGAAGUGUGGACUGUGCCAAGGUGGACAUCAUACGGAUCAAUGUCCAAGUCUUCAAGGGCCACCAGUGGAUGACGUGAACUACAUUGGUAACCAUCAUCAAGGUUUCAACCAAAGCAACCAAUACAACAAUCAGCAGAAUUGGAGGCCUCAACAAGCAACCUGGAAUCAAGCUGGUCCUAGCAACACUUCGGGGACUCAAUGGAGGUACAACACUCAACCUCCGGGUUAUGAGAAUAAGCCAUCAGUCGAGGAUCAAUUGGGACAGAUUCUCUCGUUUAUGACUAAGAGUCAAAAGGAGAAUGACUACUUCAAAGAAAAGACCGUGGAAAAAUUUGGGCAGUUAGAAGCUACAAUGAGGAAUCUUGAGACUCAAAUUGGGCAGAUUGCUACAGCAUCUCACACAAGAAUUCCUAAUGCUAUCCCGAGUGAUACGGUGCCCAAUCCUAAAGGUUUUGAACAGUGCAAGGCAGUUAAGUUAAGAAGUGGAAAGGAUCUUGAGUCUCCAAUCAUGCUAGAUGCACAAAAUGGCUCGACAUCUUGCACGCAGGGUGGACAAGAUCUUAUUGCGAAAAAGGAGAAGAUACAAGACGAUGGUGUGGUGAUAUUGAGCGCAUUUUGCUCACAAUUUGUGAAGGGAAAGAUGCCGGCAAAGAGAAGAGACCCUGGAAGCUGUGUGAUCCCAUGUGAGAUGGGAGAUAAGAAGUUCCCAAAGUGCCUACUUGAUCAAGGCUCGGGAAUAUCAUUGAUGGCUCUGAAAACCGCACGGUCAAUCGGUCUAGAAGCGAGGAUUGAACCAAUCGACAUUGACCUACAAUUGGCGGAUCAUUCAAUUGUGAAACCAAAAGAGAUGGAAGAGGAUAAGGAUAUGCCUAUCCUAUUUGGUAGGCCAUUUUUAGCAACCGGUGAUGUUGUGAUAGAGACCAAGACAAAUACGGUCAUGUUUCGAGUAGAUGGAGAGAAUGUGGUGAUCAAGCAAGAGAAGGCGGGGAAACGCCUAUUGUAG